AUGGCUGAGUCUCCCACACCUGAGCAUCUGGAAUCUGUUCGUGACACCACAGUGCAGCCAACUACACAUUGGAGCUUAGAUCCUCCAGCUGAGGCACCUGGAGAAUUUAUCUUACGCUACUGGAUAGAGAUCCUCUCUCUGGUCAUUGCCCUGGUUGGGCUAGGGGGGAACAGCAUUGUCCUGUUGCUGCUGGGCUUCCGCACCCGGAGGAGCCCCUUUUCUGUCUACAUCCUCAACCUGGCCGCAGCCAACUCCCUCUUCCUUGGUAGCUACUUUAGUUUGUACUUGUGGAGAAUUGUUGGCGAUUUAAACCGUUUUGUCCUGGUGCUGCUGUGGUUCUGCAUCCUAAACAUGUCCUACUGUGUGGGUCUGAGCCUGCUGGCUGCGAUCAGCACCGAGCGCUGCCUCUCUGUGCUCUUCCCCCUCUGGUACAGAUGUCACCGGCCCAAGCACAGGUCUGUAGUUGUGUGCGCCAUCCUAUGGGCUCUGCCGGGCCUGUUCUGGGGAGUAUUUGGGGCUCUUUAUUUCCUUAACAAGAACCACUUCUAUGAUUGCUACCUCGUUCUCUCCUUCGUCCAGUUCAUCUGGUUCCUCCUCCUCACCUCUGUGCUGGGCGUGUCCAGCCUGACGCUGGUGCUGAGGGUCCAGUGCAGCUCCCAGCGCAGGCGCCCUCCCAGGCUCUACCUCCUGGUGCUGCUCUCAGUCCUCCUGUUCCUGCUCUGCGGUCUGCCCUGGGGGAUUGCUGAUGCAGUUCGGUAUUUUAGCGGCUUCGGUUUAAUGUCUUAUGAGAUCUCCAGUCUCCUGGCCUGUGUGAACAGCGGCGCAAACCCUUUCAUUUACUUCUUCCUGGGCAGCCAAUGGCGUAGAAGAGGGAGGGAGCCGCUCAGGGUGGUCUUGCAGAGGGCCCUGGGGGAGGAGCAGGUGGGAGGGGAUGGGGGAGGGACACUUCCCACCCCAAGACUCAGGAUGAAUAAUCCUGAGGAUGAGAACAAGAUGCUCAGACAAGGGAGCCCAUGA